CAUUGACAGUUCGUUAGAAAUACAAAUACCAAAAAAUACCGAGGCGAAAGCCGAAAGUCAAAAGAUAAUAAAAUAUAACAUGGAAGUAAAACAAGAAAUUAGUGAAGAAAAGUGUAAAAUAGAAAUAGAAUAUAAUAACUUGGAUGAUGCUCUUUUGGGUGGCUUUCAAUAUGAAAUGAAGGAGGAAUUAAAUAGUCAAAGUUCACAUGACACAUACGAUUAUUUAGAUGUAAAGGAAUGCCCAAUAAAAACUGAAAUGAAACAAUAUCAAGAAAAUAAAAAAACUGAAGAAGGUUAUCCCCAAGAGGAGAGCAAAUUGGAAAUUAUGAAGACACUACCUAAACAUUCAUCUUAUGAAGGAAAUUAUAUGAGUCGAAACGACGAAGGAAAACCAUUAAAUCAAAAUAUGGAACUCACAACUGGACAAAGAUCUUUCAAGUGCGAAAAUUGUUUUAAAAAGUUUAGCCAAGCAAUUAAUUUGAAAGUACAUUCAAGAGUCCACACUGGAGAAAAGCCUCAUAAGUGUGAAAUUUGUUUUAAGCAGUUUCGUCAACCAGGUUAUUUGAAAAAACAUUUGAGAGUGCACACUGAAGAAAAGCCUUACCAGUGCGAAAUUUGUUUUAAGCAGUUUGGUGACAAAAGUAAUUUGAAUACACAUUUGAGAAUGCACACUGGAGAAAAACCUCAUAAUUGUGAAAUUUGUUUUAAGCAAUUUAGUCAGGCAUAUGAUUUAAAAAUACAUUUGAGAGUACACACUGGAGAAAAACCGUACAAGUGCGAGGUUUGUUUUAAGCAAUUUAGUACAGCAGGCAGUUUGAAGAAACAUUUGGGAGUACACACUGAAAAAAAACCUUACAAGUGCGACAUUUGUUUUAAGCAAUUUAGUACAGCAAGCAGUUUGAAAUGCCACUUGGGAGGACACACUGGAGAAAAACCUAACAAGUGCGAGAUUUGUUUUAAGCAAUUUAGUAAAGCAGAUUAUUGGAAAAUACAUUUAAGAGUGCACACUGGAGAAAAACCUUACAAGUGCGAGAUUUGUUUUAAGCAAUUUAGCGAACCAAAUAAUUUGAAAACACAUUUGAGAGUGCACACUGGAGAAAAACCUUACAAGUGCGAGGUUUGUUUUAAACAAUUUCGUCGAACAGAUCAUUUGAAAGAACAUUUGAGAGUACACACUGGAGAAAAACCUUACAAGUGCGAGGUUUGUUUUAAACAAUUUCGUCGAACAGAUCAUUUGAAAGAACAUUUGAGAGUACACACUGGAGAAAAACCUUACAAGUGUGAGAUUUGUUUUAAGCAAUUUAGUCAAUCAACUUAUUUGAAAGAACAUUUGAGAGUGCACACUGGAGAAAAGCCUUACCAGUGCGAGAUUUGUUUUAAACGGUUUACCCAAACAGGUUCUUUGAAAGCACAUUUGAAAUUACACACUGGAGAAUAACUUAUAAUUUUUAUAGGUUAUAAUAUUAUAUAUCUUUUAUUUUUAUAGGAAUAUAAAAUUCGAGCAUUACCUAUUAGUAUGGAUGAAAUUUGGUUACAGCAAGACGGCUCUUCAGCUCACAAUGCACGAGAGCUGUUAGAUUUUUUAAACAUUACGUUUCCAGAUAGAGUUAUUAGUACCAACGGUACCAUAAAAAUGCCACCUCGCUCCCCUGAUCUUGCACCUUUGGACUUUUUCGUAUGGAGUUAUGUGAAAUAACAAAUUUACCGACAUGAGCAUAAACGUGUCAGAAAUUUGGACGAAUUACGUCAAAAAAUCAUUCAUGCCUUUCAAAGCCCGAUACCCGAAAUGUUGUCGAAUACCCGAAGGCAAUUAACAGAUUGGGCUACCGCUUGGCUGAGAGUGGUGGACUUUUUGCAAGUUUGAUUUAAAAUUUUUUAAUUAAGAUUAUAAAAUUGUUAUUUUUAGAAUAAAUUGUUUUAAUUUA